AUGAUCAUGUUAAACUCUACACAGGUUUCAUAUUUCACUUUUGGUGCAUACUUUGAUAUUGGGCUCUUUAAAUACUUAUUUUUUCUGAUUAUUAUGUGUUUUUAUGCUUUAAUUAUCUGUGCCAAUCUAUUGCUGAUUGUGGUUAUCUGUAAGAACAGAAGCUUACAUGAACCUAUGUACCUUUUUCUGUGCAGCCUGUUUGUAAAUGAACUGUAUGGUAGUACAGGGUUGUUUCCAUUCCUUCUGGUUCAGAUCCUCUCUGACAUUCACACUGUUUCUGCUCCCUUCUGUUUCCUGCAGAUUUAUUGUUUGUAUACAUAUGCAGCUAUACAAUUUAUAAAUUUAUCUAUCAUGUCUUAUGACCGAUAUCUUGCUAUCUGUUAUCCUCUACAAUAUAACACACGUAUGACAUUUAACGCGGUUGCCGUGCUUAUUGCUCUAACAUGGUUACUUCCAUUUUUUGCAACUGCUGUCCCGAUAUUUUUAAGUUCCUCUUUACAGCUGUGUGGGAACAUCAUUAACACAGUUUACUGUAACAACUAUUAUGUUGUCAAACUGGCCUGCUCUGAAACUAGAGUGAACAACAUUUAUGGACUCAUUUAUAUGUGUCUUGUAGUCUUUGGUCCUCUCAUUUUAAUCCUGUACACUUAUAUGAAGAUCCUUAAAGUGUGUUAUUCUGGUUCUAAACAGACCAGACAGAAAGCUGUCAGUACCUGCACACCUCACCUCGCUUCUCUGAUCAACUUUUCCUUUGGUUCUUUCUUUGAAAUAGUACAGAGCAGAUUGGAUAUGAGCAGUGUACCCAUGAUGUUGCGCAUUUUUUUGUCAUUAUACUUCCUGACCUGCCAACCAAUCUUUAACCCUUUAAUGUAUGGACUGCAAAUGUCUAAAAUACGUAGUUUAUGUAAAAGUCUCACCUUUGGUAAGAUGUAAACUGAUGUGUAAAAGCAACUUGCUGGUUGGCAACCCUGUGAAUGAAUUUGUAGGAUAAUGAUGACAUUUAGUUCUGUUGUGAGAACCGGUGGAGAAACAGGCAGGUGUCUUGGCAUGUGAUUGGCUAAUGAUACCUAAGCUUUCACCACCGCAGCCCUCUCCCUCUGAAACAUACAUCCUUCUGUAACUGUACUGACCUGGACACAUUCCAAUCAUUUCA